CCCGAGUCCCGGCCAGUGCCUCUGCUUCCGGCUCGAGUCCUCUCUUCUCACACACGCUUCGCCAUGUCCGAGACCGCGCCUGCCGCGCCCGCCGCACCGGCCCCCGCCGAGAAGACCCCCGUCAAGAAGAAGGCCCGCAAGGCUGCAGGUGGCGCGAAGCGCAAGGCGUCCGGACCCCCGGUGUCCGAGCUCAUCACCAAGGCCGUGGCCGCCUCCAAGGAGCGCAGCGGCGUGUCCCUGGCCGCGCUCAAGAAGGCGCUGGCGGCCGCCGGCUACGAUGUGGAGAAGAACAACAGUCGCAUCAAGCUGGGGCUCAAGAGCCUGGUGAGCAAGGGCACCCUGGUGCAGACCAAGGGCACCGGCGCCUCCGGCUCCUUCAAGCUCAACAAGAAGGCGGCUUCCGGCGAGUCCAAGCCCAAAGCCAAGAAGACCGGGGCUGCCAAGGCUAAGAAGCCCGCGGGUGCAGCCAAGAAGCCCAAGAAGGCUGCGGGAGCAGCUACUCCCAAGAAAGCCGCCAAGAAGACCCCAAAGAAAGCCAAGAAGCCGGCUGCAGCUGCAGGAGCCAAAAAGGCUAAGAGCCCGAAAAAGGCUAAGGCAGCUAAGCCCAAGAAGGCGCCCAAGAGCCCUGCCAAGGCGAAAGCGGUGAAGCCCAAGGCGGCCAAACCAAAAACCGCCAAGCCGAAGGCAGCUAAGCCAAAGAAAACCGCAGCCAAGAAAAAGUAAAUUUUCUUUGGCCAACUGCUUAGAAGCCCAACAACCCAAAGGCUCUUUUCAGAGCCACCCACAAAUCUCUGGGAAGGAGCUGUUGCACAUUCUGUGGGCGUGGCUUGGGUGGGUGGGCUGGGUUUCGCGGGAGAAGAAAAGGACGGGGGGCAUCCAGGUGUGGGCGGAUAAGUGGACUUGGGAGUUGGUGGCGCAAACCACCUCUCUAAGGACAAAUGGAAACUUCCCCAAUUGUGUAUACAGUUAACUUCGUUUAUGGGUAUCUGUAAUAUCCAGACGCAAGGGAGCAGUUGGUAUAGGAAUGAGAUGGUUUAAUCUUAGGUGCCACGAUAAUAAAGGACAAGAGUGGUGGGAUUGUUAGUAUUUAAAAACCUAGUCAGCUAGAUGAAAGGGCCUGCAACCAGCGCCUUAGUUUUAUUGCACUUCUCACUGGUGCAGUAUCCCCUUAAAAACUUCCGUAUUUCUCAUGUUUAACAGUGAUCGUACUUGCCUAGGCUUCCUAGAGCAGAUUUGUGCAGUUUAGUUCGUACUUCCUGAUUGGUGAAUGUGAAGUGACAAGGCAGCCAAUGGAACCCUAGACCUUCAAGUGAAGUUUCCGGUCCCAUUCGUGACGAAACACUAAAACUAAUCCAAUCCUGAAGGAAAUCUUAUUAACCUCAUUUGAAUACUGCGUAAUGUAAGUGGUUAUGGUGGAGCUGGUGACGGGUGUGCUUAUUUUUCCAAAUGUUUUAGUGUUCCUCUUGGAGGGAGUUAAAAUUUUGUACAAUAGUGCCUGAGCCGGCUAAAUCUACGCCCGCCCCAGAGGAGGACUUGCGCUGUCACCAGUGCGCAGGAGAGCAAGGAGCACCGCCAGCUCAGCCGCAACGAGAGCUACUCGGCGUACGUGUACAAGGUGCUGAAGCAGGUGCACCCAGACACGGGCAUCUCUUCCAAGGCUAUGGGCAUCAUGAACUCGUUUUUCAACAGCAUCUUAGAGCUCAUAGCCUGAGAGGAGUCGCGCUACGUUACAAAAAGCGACCGACCAUCACAUCUCUGCGUGACCCAGGGAGCUGGACAAGUACCAAGGCCGUCACCAAGUAAAUCAGCCGAGUAGGCAUUUUUCACUCUUGAUUUCAAAGACUUUUUUUUUUUCAGAGCCGUGUAUCUUUUCAACAAAUGGGUUGUAGUUUCAAGUAUCCUCAAACUUAAAACUCUGCUUUUUUGUUUUUCCCCAGUCUGUUGGGCACGUAGCCUGGAAUUCCCAUUUUUUUCCCAAGUGUGUUUGUGUGAAAUCCGUCAUGCCCUGGAAAUAGCAAUAGCUUCCAGAAACCUCAGGUUCACUGGCUCGUACAAGGUCCAUAUAGUUAAUUCGCUGUCGCUUAAUUUCAGAUACUAAAAUUAACUGAUGUUGUCGUUUUAAGGGUGCAGCUCUCUGUCCGGGUGCAUAGGUGUCCAAGCUCCUCUUCUAAAGACUGAAUUGGUCUUAGAUUCCCAAGUUUGCUCUCCCUGAGUACAAAUGAGCAUGCUCAGACAAUUUCCUUUUUAUCUUGGAGCUUUUCCUUUCUUUUUCUCCCCAAGCUUGUUCCUGCUAUAAGGUAUGUGCUGCUGAGAGGGGAUCUAAGACAAGAGUAGCCACAGAAAUGUGGGUGCUUGGGUAUGCUUGCUUUGCAAGCGAGCCAGUUUCGGUGGGACUGGGUUUGCCACUGGCGAAAGGGAAAGCAAUCUAGGAUGUUCUGGCUCUGUGUUACUGUGUCGUUGACAGUUACUUAGUUACGUGGUCUUUGGGCAGCUUUCAAAAAGUAUGUUCCUGGGUGCCCCGCAUGGUGGCGCGCCUGUGAUACUCGCAAAGCAAGAAGCAAGCUGAAGCCAGCCAGAGGAAAACCCAGGUCUCACAGGUGUAGCUGGUCACAAGACAAACAGGCAUCUUGGGGUUGUGGAAAAGAUGAUUGGCACAAAAAGAAAUCAAGAAAAUAGACUGGGAAGGGGUGUGGCUAGGGAAAAGCAAAUACACGUCAAGAUCACAAUAUGAAUCAGACUGACUUUGAAAUAAUUCGGGUGUGAUGGAGGAAGUAGUGAACUCACACCCUCAUGAACAGGUUCAUAUUGUGGGGUUAGAUUUUUGUUUAAUAUAUGCUUGACACCUAGAUGGAUAAAUAGAAAUCCUGAUGAUGGUUUUCUUUCACAAAAUAGGAUGCUGGUCAGCUCAAAGGACUUGGCCUAUGUGAAACCAACCCCAAACAGUUUUGGCCAACCUAAACUUGGGUACUUAAGGUGUUACGUGGAACUGCACCAUUAAGUGGAGUCUUACCCAUACUCUUGAGCAGGUGAUGCUAAGACACCAGACAAAAGCUCUUUUCCCCACAGAGGUUGACCCGGAAAUCCAUACUGUCAAGCACAGGUGACCUACCCCCAGAUGACUACACAGAAAAGCCCACGCUCUAAACUUGGUUCUGGACAGGGCUUGUUUAUUAAUUUCCAGCAUUUAGACUAACAGAUACAAGUAGUUAAACUGCAGAUUUAAUUCAGGUUUUCUUAAGGUAUUUUGUAUCUUGGAGCAUGAGGUAGAUCUGGUACUAAAUUAUUACUUUGCAGUCUUAGAACUGUGCAUCAAUGAAUUGUAGAAAUCAUGGCUGAGAAUUUUCUAUGGUUGAUGAAUUUUGCAAUACUAGAAAUAAAUAAAUGAAAAAUAUUACAAAAUGGUCA